AUGGUUUUCCCAGUUGGGACUCGUCUUUGGAUCAAGGGUGGUACUUACAAGCAUCAUGUGGCGGAGUACAAGAGACAGUGUGGUACUUACUAUGCUUUGGUUGAGCUUGUGGAUGAUGGUCGGCUUGUGAAGGUUCGCUUCAACAACAUUCAACUGAUUCCCACCUCCUCUCGCGAAGCCGCGAUUCGAGGUCGCCAAGAAGCAGCAAGGAUCGCCUACCUGGGUUACGUAGAGGCUGACGAGAUUGCGGCUCUUGGUGCCUGGCCUCAAGUCCCUGUGUUAGACCCCGCCCUACCUCUGAACCCAAGCAGGCGCGAACAGGCCAUCCAACGUAUUUUGGGAGAGGAGAUCGAUGAGCUCCAGCAGCAGCCAAAGGAAGAAAAGGAAGCCAAUGAAGAGCUCAAGGCGAACUUUCGUGAUGUCCUGAAUAUGUGUCUCAACAAAAAGGAUCCUUAG